AGGAAGCAUUGCACUAGGAGAAGGAGAAAAGAAGGAUUUGAAAUACGAAGAGAGAGAAGAGCUUCAGCUACGUCGGGUGUAAGGGGGGGGAGAAAAAAAAAAAGUCCAAAAAUAACUUUGAAAGGAAGCAAAAGAGAAACAGCCACGGAGUGUGGGAAAACAGAAGCGUCCGAGAGAGAGAGCAGAAAACAACAGGCUAAAAUGUCUGCCCAGGUGCCGAAGAACCCAGCGCAACGUCUGAGCAGGGACUUGACCUGCUCCAUCUGUCUGGAUCUCUUCAGGCAGCCCGUGUCUCUGCCCUGCGAUCACACGUUCUGCCAAGCCUGCAUCUCAGGUUACUGGGUGGGCCCUCGGGGCCCCGGUCAAGGAAGCACGGGCUCCUGCCCCCAGUGUCGGAAGGUGUUCCCGGGCCAGACCUAUAGACCCAACCGCAUCGUUGCCAACAUCGUGGAGAGCUACUGCCAGGGUCUGGAGGAGAGCGGAGGCCUAUUGGGUGGAGGUGGAGGUGGAGGUGGAGGAGUACUGGACGUCCCACCCGUGCCCCGCUGCGGCAGGCACCGCGAGGAGCUGAAGCUCUUCUGUGAGGAGGACCAGGAGCUGGUGUGUCUCGUAUGUGGCAUCUCUCAGGAACACCGUUCUCACACACUGAUGUGUGUUCAAGAGGCCCAGCAGAGAUUCAGGGCAUCCUUGAACAGCUCUGCUUCGGCUCUGCAAGCGGAGCUGAACUUGGCGCUGCAGUGUGAGAGAGAGACGGAGGAGGAGGUCAAGAAACUGAAGGAGCACACGGCUGACCUAAAGCAACGCAUUGAGACGCAGUUCAGUGACCUGCACCAGUUCCUGUACCAGGAGGAGAAGCUGCUGCAGGUGAAGCUGAAGACGGAGGAGAGGCGGGAACUGAUCCGAUUGGACGAACACAAGGCUCUGCUCUGCGUGGAAAUCUCUCGCCUACGCAGAGCCCUGGCUGACAUCGAGGAAAAACUCAGAGAACAGGACUCCUUCACACUGCUCAGGAACAUCAAGACCCUGCUUCAAAGGCAGCCGCUGAAGUUUGAGAAGCCGGCUCUCACACCACCCAGUCUGUGCGAGGGCCGUUUCGCUGGACCCCUGCAGUACCGCGUGUGGAAGUCUCUCAAAUCAAGCAUCUACCCAGUUCCGUCUGCCAUCACCUUUAACUCGAGCACGGCCAACCCCUGGCUCAGCCUGACGUCCUCUCUCACCUGCGUCCGGUAUCAGACCUUCAACAGCGCCGUCCAGGACAACCCCCAGAGGUUCAAUGCCGCCCUCUCUCUGCUGGGCAGCCAGGGCUUCACGCACGGACGCCACUACUGGGAGAUCGAAGUGUACAGCAGCACCGUCUGGACCGUCGGAGUGGCCCGCGAGUCCGUCGCCAGGAAGGGCGUCAUCAAAGCCUUACCCACCAACGGCUUCUGGACUCUGUCCCUGUCCUAUGGAGUCCAGUAUAUGGCGGGGACGUCUCCUCCAACUGUGCUCUCCCUGGAGGAGCCUCUGGCUAGAAUCGGGGUCUACCUGGACUACAAGAGAGGCCUGGUCUCCUUCUAUAACGCAGAGAGCAUGACACACCUGUACACCUUCAAAGACACCUUCACCGAAACACUCUACCCUUACUUCAACCUGGGCUUCCUGGACAAGGUGCAUGAGAACGAGCCUCUCAAGGUCUUCCUGCCCAAAAUCUGACUGGGGGGGGGGGAGCGUCGACCCUGAGCAGGUCUCGGGUCAUCUCUCAGGCUGGGCCUGGGACCACGCAAAUGUUAAAACCUUAACUCAAUAGAUGCUUAUUUAGUGGUCAACUUAUAUAGAUUGUCACUAACCAGUAAAAUAUAUAUUUUUGUUUGUUUUUUUGUCCUAGAGUAAGUGAAUCAUGUUGAACAUGACGAUGUUCCAGAGAAAAAGGGGUAAGGCAGUGAAUAUAGCCUAAAAAAAAAGUCCAAAUUGUACAGUAGGGUGAUUUACAAACAGGGUGUUUAGAAAGCAAGUGAGUGAGCCAAGACUGCAUUUCAUCAACGCAGUAUGAGGUCGGUGCUCUCUGAGGGUGGGCUCUGGCGUAAUAGCGCCUCCUGAUGGACACAGGAGGCAGUGUGCCCAAUUAUGCCCUCCCUCACUUCCUCCCUCUACUGGACAAAGGUUGUGGUUGCUCACUUUUAUCCGGAUGAGGUUCAGAAUUCAGAAUAGCCAUUGGGAAACGUUU